AUGCUAGCUGGUAUUGCUGUUCCAAGUGGUGGUAAUGAUGAUGAUGCCGGCAUUGUUAACGAUGAUGUCGCAUUUCUACCUAUAGUUAAUGAUGAAGUAGAUGAUCCUGUAGAAUUCCCUAUAACUAAUAAAGCUGAUGUAUCACUAGAAUUUGGUGAAAUUGAUGCAUUCUGUGAUGUUAAGAUUGUUGUUGAUUAUGCUGCUGUUGUGAAUGUCCAAUUUCCUAUUGAAUUUAUUGAAUUUGAAUCAUGUUUAUUCGAAUUUACCGGCGGUGGAUCUAUUGGUGAUAAUGGUGCUGGCGAUGUAGCAAAAACUGAUUGA